AUGGCUCCCAACUUCAAUGAGGCAACAAAGGCUAGCGAGCUCGUGCCGUUCUAUGCCACAAAGAUCAUUGGCAAAACCAUCCUGAUCACCGGGGUCUCCACUGGUAGUUUAGGCGAGAGCUUUGUGAAGCAAGUGGCUGUUGGCAAGCCCGCAGCCUUUAUUCUCGCUGGGCGCUCUCCGGACAAGUUUCAAUCCCUGGUUGAUGACCUGGCAAGCGCACACCCAGAAAUCAAGGUCAAAUCUCUGGCGUUAGACUUGAAUUCCUUUGCUCAGGUUCGCCAAGCCGCUGAGCUUAUGAAUUCCUGGGCCGAUGUUCCACAUAUCGACGUUCUGGUCAAUAAUGCCGGGAUUAUGGCGGUGCCCUAUUGCCUGACUGAGGACGGCUUUGAAAGCCAGCUGCAGACCAAUCACCUCAGUCAUUUCCUCUUUACCAACCUUAUCAUGAAUAAGAUUCUUGCUUCUCAGGCACCCCGGAUCGUGCUUAUCAGUAGCAUGGGCCACCGGCAAGGCCACUUUCGAUGGGCGGACUACAACUUCAGCAACGGGGAGCUUUAUGACAAGUGGGCUGCAUACGGCCAGUCCAAGACGGCUGUCUCACUUACAGCUCUUGCCCUCGCUGAGAAGCUUGGCUCCAGAGGUCUCCUGUCCUUUAGUGUUUGUCCGGGCUCUGUUGGUACCAAUCUGGGCGCCCAUGCUGCAGACCAGUUCGCCGAGUUUGUAAAGAGUUUUCAGGCUGCGGAUGCUAGAAUGGGAAAUAAGUGGAUGUUCAACCAAGAAGUUCGAUACAAAAAUCUGGAUGAAGGUGCGGCAACUCACGUCUAUGCUGCGUUUGAUAGUGUACUUUCGAAGAACAACGGUGCUUUUUUGAACCAUUGUCGGCUGGCUGACCCCUUCGCACAGGAGGUCUGGCCGUGGGUAACUGACAAGGCUUCGGCGGAGAUGCUUUGGAAGCUCAGUGAGAAGCUUGUUGGCCAGGAGUUUAAAUACUGA